UCCCCAGCCACAUUGCAAUAUCAGCUUUCUUUCUCACUUCUGUAAUUUUUUAGUUUCAUUACUGACAUAAUGUCAAAUGUUUGCAUCCAUACUGGAUAAAAAUAUUAUUUUCUAAUUUUGCAUUCGGUAUAUUUUGCAUAAGCAGAGCUAUUUUGGUGUCACAGUUAAGGCACCAGGCUAGAAACCAGGAGACCAUGAGUUCUAACCCUGCCUUAGGCAUGAAAGCCACUGGGUGACUUUGGGCCAGUCACUCUGUCAGCCCAACCCACCUCACACAGUUAUUGUGGGGAAAAUAGAAGGAGGAAAGAAUAUUAGGUAUGUUUGCCAAGUUAUUUAUAAAAUAAAUAAUUAAUAAACUAAUUAAAUGACUAGAGUCCUGAUUAUCCAUUGCCCCAACCAGUAGCUUGCCCUGGAGAUUCCUUCCAAAACCUAGUUCUACACCUAUCUUUUUGCAGAUGGUUAUCUGACAUGUUUAAAUGGAUUUGGAUUAACUCCUGGCCCUUCUCCAGGAAUUGAUUUUCACCUCCCUCAGAGCUGUAAUCUAACAGAGAUCACAUCAUGUACACACACACCAAUUGUGGCAACUAAAUGGAAUGUAACCCCCAAGCUGCAUUAACUGGUUUCGUAGUGCAGUACAAAUUGCAUUAAGCAAUGUUUUCUGUUGCAUGUUUUUGUGACCUUUAAACUGUGGAAGGAACAAGGAAAGGCUGUAGUUUGAGGGGCAGGCAAAUUCAUUGAGCAGUGGUCUAAUUUUGGCACUUUUAGUCCUUCCUGUUUCUUUACCAUAACUGAUGUAAUGAUUGCAAGAACCAAUGUGUAUUAUGAAUGUGUUCCUGGGGAACCCCAACUGUCAUUCUAAAUCCAGUUGCUGUAAAUUGCAUGGUGUUAACUAACUUUUGUUCUCUUAUUCAUCCCUCAGGCAUGAUUCUUUUAUGUUUGCAAGCUAACAUUUGGUUAUAUUUUCCUGUUUAUCUGGAUUUUUUUAUAUAUAAAUUUAACAAUAUAAUCAUUGUCACUAUAGAAGCAAUUUUUAGAAGGCAAAAAUUAUAUGCAUACAAAAGAAUCUACAAAGAUGUUUGGCUCCAAAGAGAAUUCAUAUUACUAUUUGCUUAGAAAGAAAACAUCUCUUUUAUGUUUUACAAUGCUCUUUUUAGUUGUUGCUGCUCCUGGACUGAUAUUUGUGAUGGUUCCUGUUUAUUUAUGCCUUGUUUUAUUCUUUUUAUUAGAUUCUAAAGAGCACCACAAUUAGGAGUUUGCUAUUUAUUUAAGUAGCACAGUUCCUGGGAUGAAGGAAUGAGUAGAGCUGGAAUUAACUCGCACCUGGUUGCCUUCCACUAUUCUUCCCUUUGGACCGAAUUUUGAUCUUAAAUGGCUCAUUCUCAGACUUAGAAAUCCAUCAAGGGUACAAGAGGACACUUUUCAAAGACUGAGGAUCCAGGUUCAUAUUUAUAUAGAAAGUGACAUGUGUCAAAUAAUUAAAAAGUGAUGGACUUCAUUUGCAUGGUCCCACACAUCACCUUGGCUCUUUGAUCUCCCCUUUGGAUAUCCUAGAGCUUGAAUUCAGAUCAAUAUUCACCAGCUACCAUUCUGAUUCAUAACGCUGACUGAAGAUUGGUUUGGUUUCAGACAUCUAAACAUCCUGUUAGAGAAACCAUUAUUAAUUAAUCAAAUGUCCUUGAUUUUCUUGAUUUAUCUAUCAGUAUUUUUACAAUGUUUUUCAAUAUGCAUAGGCAGCAUAUGUUACAGACUAAUGUUAUUUGUGAAAAACAAAAGCCCUUCCACUCAGAAUAACUACUGCAAAUAUAUAUGUUGUAGUACAUUAAAAUUAAAUGAAAGAGGAAAGAUAAAUGUAUGUAUUAAUAAAAUGAUGAUAAAUGUUGAAGAUGAUGGCACAAAAAUGUUAUACCCAGAUGAUACAUGGAUUGAUUAAUAAUGUACAGGAAUGAUAGAAGAGAUGGAAUUAUAAAGUAAAAAAGAAUUUGAAAUGAAGAUUUAUGUAAAAGAAAUCAGGGCUGCUCGAAUACCAUUUUAGAUUGAAUUGAAAAUGGAAACAACAAGGGAGUGGAAAAGGGGAGAGGAGUAGAGAGAGGGAAGGAGGGGAGUAGGGAGGUAAGGAGAGAGAAGGAAAGAAGAGAGGAAAAAGGAGAGGAAGAAGGAAGGGGAAAGAAGAGUAGGAGAGAGGGUAAGUAAGGGAGAAAGAAGAAAGGAGUGAGGAAAGAGGAGAGGAAGUAGAAAAGGGAAGGAGAGGAGGAAUGACGAAAGUAGAAAGAGAUAGAAGAAGGAAGAGAAGGGAAGAGGAAAAGGAAAAGUUGUGUUAAAACAAAGGAAGGAAAUGGUAAAAGAGCAGGCCCAAACAACUAACAAAUGAAAGUUAAAAGAUAAGAUGAAUGAAUAAUGAUUAAUGAUGGAUAAGAGACUGCACAUUUAAAUAUGUUGAUGAAAAAUAAAAAUAAAAACUUUUAUCUAAAAAAAACCUAUUGCAAAUAUAUAGAAAGCUCCAAUUAUGGUUUCAAAUUUUUUCAAAGGAAUUUCACUACUGUCAGAAAAAUAAAUGUUGCAAUGGUAUUUUGAAAUGCAUAACAAUGAAGCUUUCUUAGCCUAGUUAUGCUGAGUCAAAAGGCUGGGAGGAAACAUUGCUCAUCUUCAUUAAAAGAGAUAUCUAGAGAUUUGUUUUAAUUUUACUUUUUUCCUGAACUUCACUAAUCAGCCUUGGAAGUAUUAUUCCAUUUGUAUCAAGUCUAACACAACUAUUUUUGAUUCAGAAUGACAAGCUUAUGAGCUGAACAGACCCUAUGACAGUGCUAGACACCAGCCCCAGAACCCUAAAUGAAGUAAAACAAAAUAAUUUUUGUAGAAUUAAACGUUGGUAUGAAAUUAUCACAUCUCAUGAGAUUCAAGCAACAACAUGCUGAAGAUCAAUAUUCAUCAGCUACCAUUCCGGCAAUGACAUCAGUCAAACUUGGUUUUUUUUUGACACAGGUGCCUUGAUCCAGUGAAAGGUUAUUGAACCAUUGACUCUCCCAAUAGUAGGAGAUUAUUAUUAUUUAUUAGAUUUUUAUUAUUUAUUGUUUAUUAGAUUAUAUCCACUAUUUCCCCAAUAUAUCACAAGACUGCAAUAGACAUCAUCCCUGUCUAAGGGAAACUGAUGAUGCUGGUUUGGAAUCAUAGAACUGAGACAAGACUGACAUUCAAUGUUAUAUGUCUGACAGAAUAGGAAAAGAUUUUACAUUUUCUUAGACUUUUAGAGCCAGUUAGAAAACGCCAUGGACAACAGAGUUAAGCACGACACCAGGGAGAUAGUCCUUUUAUAAAAUGAAACUAUAGAAGAGUUAAGAACCUGCAGAUUGCAAGUAUUUGGCUUCGUAACCUCUGGCACCUUUGUCUCCUGAUAGCUUAUGAUCCCUUUUUACUAACUAUUCUACUAUUUCCUGUGAUUGCUAACAUUGAUCUCUGCCAAUCCUGGUUUUGGUCUGCAGAUGGAUCUACCGAUGAGCAAUUCUUGAAUCAUGUACCCAGAGGCAUGGAGGUUCUUCAGGCUAACAUCAAAACUAUGCCCACAUUUUGCUGCACCCUCAUACCAAGCACUUUACUCAAGGAUCAUAUACCACAUUCCUUCCUGCUGAAUUGUUACAAAGUUCCUGUUAAUCUGUCUGGAUGGAGUUAACGUCUUGCCGAACAAUUUUUGUAGGCUUAAGGUUGACUACGGUCAACCUGUGCAAUUUGUGGCUCACAGGCAGGAAGGAGAGUUGAAGAAAGAAGCAUCUAUCCUCAAAGGACACUUUGUACAUUUAAUUCUGAAUUAGAUUUUUAGGGAUAAGCCUCUAAAUUUAAGGGAUCUAAAGCUGGCAAAAGAGUCAUCUCAGAAGGUGAAGCAACAGACAUCCCAAAGGCAAAUAAAGCCCCAAGUCUCCCUUUUUGGAACAUUGUAGAUGCCUCUGCAGAUAAUUGCUGAAAACUGGGGGGCACCAUUUCUUCCCAUUUUGAAGUGGGAAAUAUAGGAAAUAAUUUAAGUUUAACUUCUAAUAUUAGUUCAACAAACUUUAACCCAGCUCUCCCAAAAAUGAAAACAUUAAAAAAAAUAAGAGAGAGAAAGAGAGAGGAGAAAAGAGAAUUCUGGCCACAUCUGUACAGAGGGGCUUACUAUUAUUUGAAGGAAAUAAGGAUAUAGUAGGUGGGACUGUUAGACCUGUUCUGCUGCAUGAUUUUGUUAACUUUGGCUCUCUUUUACCAGCCUAAAAGUCUAAAAGAAAGUUCUUCUUUACAAUUUUGAUAGGGCAGCAUUUGCACCUGGAAAUCCCACAGAUGUAUUGGAUGUGCUGGGUAGUUGUGCUCUGAACAUAUCUGAUUUGAUAGUGAAGCUCUAAGUGUCAUGGAGCUGGCGGCAGACUCUGAUGAUGAGGAGGUUGGGGAGGAACUUGGGCCAGUUCUGGAGUAUGGGGAAGGCUCUGAUGGAUGCUCUGCAUCAGAUGCAGAGAUAGAGCCAGGGCCGUCCGACAUUUCCCAGCCACCGGAGAGGCAGCUACCUUUGGAAGCUGAGAAGAGUGAGGAGGAAGAACAGCUGGGCCCUAUUCCAGAUGCACGUAUGCACAGAGCAAUUAGGAGAGGUGAACAACAGAGGACAAGGAGUCGACUCGGGAAGCAAAGCACACAUGGAUGUUGAAUGGCCCCCCCCCUGGCUGGGGAAUAAAUAGAAGGAAAGGGGAGUGGUUGUCAUAGGAGACAACAGUUCGUAUUUCUGAAGAUUUUGCUCAUUGUAUUUUGUGCCACAAAGACUGUUUGCCAGAUAUUAAUUUGCAGCCUUUUGUCUGGGAGCUCAGGGCCUUGCAAUUAUCACAAGGAACUGAUAAGGUCUGUUAUUGCAGUUAACUCCUUGAAGGACUAUUGCCUGGACUUUUCAGUGGGUGAAUCCAAUUAAUUCACAAGAGGUAAAUAAAGGGGGGUUUUUCGUGAGAAGGAGUCUAUUUCUUGCUUCUGCUAAGGCUGGGUCAGAACAUUAAGAGCAUAUAAACUAAACUACAUGACUAUAGAUAACUAGAGCUGAGUCAUAUGUUGAUUAAACACUGCAUGCAUCUUUUUAUAGUGGAAAGACAAAGGAAAAGUUUGUACCAUCUAAAUAUUUAUUACAUAGUAUUUUUUCUUUUAUUUUUAUAUCAAGCCUUUCCAGUCAUUAAUUCAUGAAACCUAUGAAUGAUUUUUUAAAAUUGGCAAUAAGACAUGUCUCUGAUCGUUCAUCUUAAAGGGAGUAUAACUCUGAUUAUUGAGUCUAUCAGCAACUUCACAACAGGAUCAUUUGCUGGAAAUGAACCUCGGUGUACAUUGAUUUGCUCCAACAAAUCUUGUGUUCUUUGUUGCAUGAUGUGAUGAAUUCUAAGUCUUUAGAUAAAAAUCAUUAAACACUUCAGUAAAUACAUAUUUACCUCACCUUUUCUAGUGGUUUAAUUUUAUGACUAGGUGAAUUAAUGGUUUCAAAAUGACAUUGUUUUAUAUAGUGCAAAUAUUCAUUUUGGAAGCUGUCUUUGGGAAGUCAAACAGAAUUAUCUUUUAACAAGAUGACGGAAAAUAUUUUUAAGGAAAUACCAACUAUAGGUCUGACUUUGCUCUCGUUCACAAAAUAUUAUGCAAAUGACCCCCUGCAGAACUAACUCAGGAGUUAAAGGUCUCAGAGAAUGUCUGAUACCAAAAUAAAUUUAGCAUGUGAUUUGACUGUUGCCUUCUCAGAUCCUCCCAAUCUCCACCACAGCAGCUGCAGCUAAAAAUAGAAGAUGAUAAGAGAGAGGGUCAGAAAACAGAUCCCGAGCAACUGACAGAAUCAUAAAGCAGCCAUGCACUCACUACGGUUUCUGAGUGCUGAAGUUUUGGUAUCCAAGGGGCAGUUGGUAAGACAGAACCUGAGCCAUCUUGCCCACAACCUCUUCCCUCUUCUUUUUAAGGCAAGCUACUUACAGGAGCAGGUGGAGGUGAUUCAUGACCUGGUGGAGAACUGGCCACUGGCCGAAUUCAAUAUUGGAAAGUUACUGGGAAAGACAGCUGAUCACCCAGAAGACAUCAGUAACCGAGCCUGUUCUCUGUGCCUGGCCAGUUGCCUAGCUGGUCUGAAGGACUAUGUUUUGAAUUGCUCAUCACCUUACGCGAAACGACUCAAAACGGUGGACUUAACAGGCGUAAAGGAUGUUGAAGUUCAGCUCUGCCCUUGUAGAAAAACAAUGGGACGGUGGGCCCGGACAGAGCUGCUUUCAAGGACCUGCUGUGAUCUGCUGGUGGACAUGCAAAACUUGCCCUUCCUUCCAGAUGUGUUUGAGGUCUCUGUGGAUGUCUUUGCUGACAUCUUUGUUACUGAACGAAGCUAUGAGGUAGUUGUCCAGGCCUUGCUAAUGAGGUGUCACUGCCCACUCAAAAUCCACUGCAAAGCCUUCCGAGUGGACAAUCUGGCUCUAAGGAAGCUCUUUUACAUCAUAAAGCUUACAGAGCCCUCUUCCCUGGGCAAGUUUGAAGUAGUUCACAAUGUUAGGCUCCAUAUGGAACAUUUGGAAGUGCUUUUUAAUAACGUCCAGUUUCCUAAACUGACAUCGCUCACACUGCCAGCUGGGACCUUUGAUGUGAGAAGGUUCACACCAGAGGAUGAAGCCAUUCUUUCAGGAAUUGGGGAAAAGAUGAGCCAAAUGACUCAGCUGACAGAGCUGAGCCUGGCAUUUUCCAUCCUCACCGGACGGCUCCGUAAACUGCUCAGUCCUUUGAAGACACCGUUGAAAAUGCUGGAUGUUUCGAACUGUUCGCUGAACCAUCUUGACAUGGCUUAUUUAGCCAACAGCCUGCAUUCUGAGAACCUCGAAGCUCUUGAUAUCAGUGGACACGAUGUGGCUGAUCUGUACCCUUCAACCUUCUUCAAACUCCUGAACCAUUCGUCUUAUAGACUGAAAAGUCUCACGCUUGAGGAAUGCAACAUUCAGGACAGUCAUAUCAACAUGCUGAUUUUAGGAUUGGUUCCUUGUCGGAAAUUAGAGGAGCUGAAGUUCCUUGGAAAUCCUCUAUCUUCUCGAGCCUUGAAAUGCCUUUUUAAUAUUUUCAUUGAUUUUCCAAGGCUGAAAUAUAUUGAAUUUCCGGUUCCGAGAGAUUGCUAUGCAAACAACAUCAGUUACCCAAUUGGCGAAAGUGAUCUUUCGAAAUUUGACCACCAGAAAUAUGAGAGAAUAGUCGAAGAGCUUCACAUGAUUUUAUUGCAAGCAAAACGAGAAGACAUCAAGGCUUCUACUCCCCUCUAUGGAGCGUAUGAUGCUGCAAUUCAGGAAACAGGAAACGAACUGGGAAUUUCUUUGUUGCAGUCAUUCCAAGAUGCCCUACAACAUUUCACCGUGGCCCUUAAGGAAAUGAGCUGAAGUUUGAAGCUGAACAAGUAUAUGCAAACGAAAUAUGAGCACACAUGGAGAAUUGAAAAGCUCCAUAUUUUGUGGUACCCUCAAACUGAUAUCGUGGUCACCUGAAGAUCUCCCAUGGUAUCCUAGGUAACCAUCCCUUUUGAUACUGGUUUGACCUUCCAACAUCUUCAUUUCUUGAGAAAAUUCAGACAUACAUACUAAAAAUAAGAUAAAUCACAAAUCUACAAAAAAGUAGGCAUGCACAUUGUGACACCCGUCUAUUCCCUAUUACACAAUCCAAUGUUGUACUCCUUUUAGGGAAUUCCAGAGCAAGCCCCAAUGCAGCAAAUGCAACCCACGUUGUAUCCUUCCACAUUUAUUUUUACAGAUAUUUUGGCAAGAAAUUGAAGCCCUCACUGGCAAAUAAAAUAUCUGAUAUGGAUGCUAAGUAGGUGCUUGUUUCAGAAUGCUUCGAUAUAUGGCACUUACUAUUUUAAGAUCAUGAGCCAACCUGAGAUUUCACAAUGUCUAGGCACUUAAUAUUAAGAUGAGAUAUUCCUGCCUCUCUCUUUUCUUUUUAAUUUGUGGAAUGGACAUUUUAUCCUUGACAGCCCAAUCUACCCAGUUUGUCCAAGAGAAUAUGAUUAAAUUAAAUGAUUUCUAUGCUAAUAUGAGAGAGAAAUGACUAUUGGUCUUUAAUUUUCAAUGUUUUUCUUGGUAUAUCAGAAGUUAAAUGCAACAUAUGGCUGAGUAUACACAAGAAAUACAGAAUGUAUGUAUUUUUGCCUGAUUUUGACUGACAGUAUAUUUGAUAGUAAUUACGGAGAAUUAACAAUUAUAUUGAGACGAGUUUUUCUCUUAGAAUUCUUAUUUUUCUACUUAGCUUCUCAUUUGCUAGCUUUAUCUGCCAGAUUCUGAACCAAAAACGAAAAUACAGGCAGUUGUCAGGUUACAACAAUUCAUUUAGUGACCGUUCAAAGUUACAAUGGCACUGAAAAAAGAGACUUAUGACCAUUCUUAACACUUACGACCAUUGCAGCAUCCCCAUGGUCACAUGAUCAAAAUUUAGAUGCUUGGCAACUGGUUCAUAUUUAUGACUGUUGCUGUGUCCCAUCAUGUGAUCCCCUUUUGCGACCUUCUGAUCAGCAAAGUCAAUGGGGAAUCCAGAUUCACUUAACAACCAUGUUACUAAUUUAACAAAUGCAAUAAUUUACUUAACAACUGUGACAAGAAAAGUCAUAAAAUGACUUUUUAUGACUCUGGGCAAACUCACUUAACAAAUGUUUCACUUAGCAACAUAAAUGUUGGGCUCAAUUGUGGUCGUAACUUGAGGACUAUCUGUACAAUCGAUGGAUUUCCCUCCUCCACUGAGGAAAACCUGAACUGUAACAACAGGUGGGCCUUGAGAAAGUAAAAAUGAGGAACUCCCAUUCUCCCUUCUCACCUUUGGGAAGGAGGAAUGGAAAGUACAGGUAGUCCUUGACUUACAACAAUUCGUUUAGUGAAAGUUACAAUGGCACCUCAAAAAACCGAUCACACAUUGUCACACAUAUGACCGUUGCAGCAGCCCCAGGGUCAAAAUUUGGCCACUUGAUAACUGGAAUAUAUUUAUGACGGUUGCAGUGUCCCAGGGUCAUGUGUUCAUAUUUUGCGACCUUCUGACAAGCAAAGUCAAUGGGAAGGCAGAUUUACUUAACAACCAUGUUACUAAUUAAACCACUGCAGUGAUUCACUUAACAACUCUUGCAAAAAAGGUGUUGUGACCAAGACCCAAGUAGUGAUUACUAAACACAAUUCAGUUCUCAACGAACUUAUUUUAUUAAAACAGCUGAGAAUUGAUUCAUUCUCAGCCUAGUCCAAAACAAAAUUCUUAAUAACCAGUCCUUCGGCCUUAUCACCAACCUUUGAUGUCUUUGGCAACCUGCCAAAGGCUUUUCUUGGCAAAACCCCCACAAAGUUCAAGAGACGCCGAUGAGAAGCAUGGAAAUCAACAUUGCUUUUCUACAAAGAACCCAAUGGCUCGUUGCUGCUCUUUUAAGCCUUAUGGGAGGGGCCAAUCACCUUCUCGCCUUACUCCCGAGUUGUCCUUUUUUCUUCAGCUGCUCUUGCCUUCUGGCAGCUCUUCGCAUAUGUGCACUAGGAACAGGCUCCUCCUGUUCCUCUGCCUCUCUGCUGUCCGCCUCUGGAGGCUCCGGAGUCCGUGUAUCGCUCCCAGAUGGCCCUGGCCCCAUCUUUGCCUCCAAUGCAGAGCCCUCGUCCGGGCCUUCCCCUGACUUCAGGAUUGGCCCAUUGUUCUCCUCAGCCUCCUCAUUCCAUUGCCAGGUCUGCGGGCUGCUGGCGGACCACAACAAAAGGUUGUAAAAUAGGGCAAAACUCACUUAACAACUAUCUUGGUUAGUAAUGCAAAUUUUGGGCUCUGGUUCUAGUGGUAAUUCGAGGACUAUCCAUAAUCACAUCAGGGGAAGGAGGAACAGAAAGGGAGAGAGAGACCCUACACAAAACACAGAAAGAGCAAAGUUUGUUGUUCAGGGGAAAGAGUUUGUCAAGGGUGACUUCAGUAUCACUCCUCUUCCUUUUCCUCCCUGCCUGUCUGGGGAUUAUAGUUAGCUUUACUUGCAGCACACUAAUACAAAGUACAAGGUCUGUACAGAGUCCUCACAGAAGCUCUAGCACAGUGUUUUUCAAGCCUGACAACUUUACAAAGUAUGAAGAACACUGCUGUGUACCAGAGUGGACAACCUGAAACCCCAGGUCGCUUGUGGUCUCCAACUUUGCUAAUGUUUUUUUCCCCCUGCAUCAUCAAGACUCUGUUUAUCACUUCUGAAAAUCAAGUGAAGAGUUUCCGGUUAUUGUGAAGGUAGUAGUGCAAUUAAGCCCUGGAAGGCAUGAUAUGUGCAUUAAAAGACUAAAAAAAAAUCCUUUCUAAAGGAUUUUAGAAGGGAAAAUCCUUCUAAAUCCUAGAAUUUUUUUUCUAGGAGGGAAAAUCUGGUUUAACCAGCAUGUCAGGUACAGAUUAUAGUGAUGCCUUAUUUGACCUUUGACCCUCCCCAAAUGUACAGUGGAAUGUGCCCUUCCCACCAUCACCCCUUAAAAAAGAUUUCCAAACUUUCAAGCAAGAGUGGCAAGGAAGCCCCGUAGACUAGAUAUAAAUAAAUCUCUGAUCCAAAGCAUCUUAUGUUAACCUAACCUAACCUAACCUAACCUAACCUAACCUAACCUAACCUAACCUAACAUAACAUAACAUAACAUAACAUAACAUAACAUAACAUAACAACAUAACAACAGAGUUGGAAGGGACCUUGGAGGUCUUCUAGUCCAACCCCCUGCCCAGGCAGGAAACCCUACACCAUUUCAGACAAAUGGCUAGCCAACAUUUUCUUCAUCAGGAAAACCAGAAUCCAGAAGAGGAGAAGAAUGGGGGAGCUGCUGGAGGGGAGCUAAUGAACUGUUAAUAUCUCAAAUAAUGCUAAGAUCCAGAGAAACAAAAUGGUUUUUUUUUCCAGGUUUAAAGUACCUUGCUUAUAUCUUAUAAAAUGUGUGUUUGAAUCAAUUAAUUUUGAACUAAGGAAACAUUAUUCUUAAUUAUGCCUUUAAUCACUUUCUUAACAAAAAGCACUGCAUAUAAAGCAGGUCACCCAGUACAGGGAUCUGAUUUUAAACUGCACUGUUCUCUGAGUCAUCAUUUAAUCUUAAAUAAAGUCAUAGACAUAGACAUUUGUUAUGGCUCAUUGAACAUGUAGUACAUAGACAUACAAACACACACACACAGCAAUGGAAAUAGACUUUAGUGUGGACACUAAAUGAAAACAGAGAUUAUUGGUUCAGCUUUCAUAAUCAAAAGUAAUAUCCAGAUGAGGAGAAAUAAACUCUGAUUAUUCAGCUUUUAUUUUUAGUAUAUUACUUUUCCAUAAGGAUGUUAUGGCUGAGGUUCCUUCACAUCCAUUCCAAAUAGAUACUUUCCAAUUCUUUUUAUCUCACCACUUUUUCAGAUACUUUCCUUUGUACAUCUUAUUCACUAAGUAACUAUCUGCCAACAUUUUGCAUCCCCAAACUUCUUCAAUACUUUUAACUAACGGCACUUCUGAUCUUAUAGAGUAGCGGUCCUCAGCGUUUUCAGCUUGGCAGCCUGGCUAGAGGUGGGGAGAAGGGAACUGGGCUGCACAAGUAGUGGCCCAGGGCAUGCACGCGCGUGUGUGCAUGUUCACAGCUUCACUCAUGCAAGAGAGAAGAGAAGCCUUUAGAGCAGGGGUCUCCAACCUUGGCAACUUUAAGCCUGGUGGACUUCAACUCCCAGAAUUCCCCAGCCAGCUUUGCUCCAAAAUUGGAUCGGGCAUCCACUGGGCAAGCUCGGUGAGUCAGCAAAACUGAGCAGGGCACGCUCAUCCACUCAGCCUCUGCUCUCACCGCUUCACUUUUGGAGCAUCGGGUGCAGGCAGCUUGGCAGCCCAGCUGUGGUAGGGGGAGAGGGGAAUCGGGCCGUGUGAGCAGUGGGCCAGUUUUCAUGGGUGUGCAGCUCCAUUCACACAAGAGAGAAGAGCGGAUUCUCACAUGGUCCGGUUCCGAAUAGGCCAUGGCCCAGUAAUGUGUCACACCCCGGGGGUUGGGGACCCCUGCUAUAGAACACUACAUUUUUACCCUAGACCUGGAAUUCACAGCCUUGACAAGUUUAAGAUACAAGUUGUCUGGAGAACAAGCAAGCUGGCUGGAGAAUUCUGGGAGUUGGAGUCUAUGCAUCUUAAGGUUGUCAGAGCUGAGAAACACUACUGUAGAUCCACCCUAUUAGAAUUCUGAUUUGUGUACAUCUGAAACUCUCUUCAUUGCCUCUUAACUUUUGCCCUAUUACCACAGGUGAGUGUUGCUUUUAUUUGGAAAAAAAUCAGUAUUAGAUGUGAUGCUCAUAUAGAGAAAGACACUAGGGGGAUUGGAAUUAUCAUUCUCUGGAUAAAUAGUAUUUUCCAGCUAUUGUCCCAGGAACUGAGUCACUUUUAUCACAGAAGCGGUUGAUCUUCACACUUGAUUAGACUGUAAAGUCAGCACUAGUGAGCUAUUGAUUUUGCAAUUAUGGAGCUUGUAGUUUUAGGCUAAAUAACUAAAGCAUUACAAAUUGAAUCUAAGGAUGCAUACCAUGUAAUUUAAUGCAGACAUGAAGUGUAAUUUGAAAAGAAUCUUGUAUUAUACCUUAAUUUAACUUUGAUGGAGUCAACUAAAGCAGCACAUCCUUGCUUCAAUAGUCAGAUUAGGCUCAUGUGGUUUACACUAAUGCAAAAUGCCUUGCUUUACAAUAUUUUAGAAAAAAAUAGCAUUAUUGUGAAUGUUAGAAGGUUGAAUUAUGGGAAGGAAGACUUAACAAUGACAUCAUUUUCAUCUUCACUUAUACCAGGGGUGCCAAACUCACCCCAUCUUGGCGGCGUCACGUGACAUAUCAUGACUUUCCCCCCUUCACUAAACCAGGCAUGGGUGUGACCAGCACGUGACCCAUCCCACCCGUGACUUAUGAGUUUGAUACCCUGACUUAUACAUACUUGUGUAGGCAUUACAUUGGUUACAGGGUUUGUGAGAGAAGCUCACAUAGGGGCUUUCUGAAUGGAUAUUUGCAGGUACCCCUUUCUUGCAAAUUAUAGUGAAUAUUUGCUGCACUGUAUGGGAUCCUGGAAAUGUUUAGGUACGUCUUCAGAUGAAUGUUAGUUUCUGGCCAGAUCUAUCCAGCCAUUGUGCUCCAGUGUUGUGUGAAUAGAGCAUAACUGUCAACAGAUCUCUAAUUUACUGUUUUUAGCACUGGAAGGAGAAAGACAGGCUGGUCAGGAAUUAUUUUUGUAUUUAAAAUAGUCUGAGAAGUUUCUGCUGCAUCCAGAUCCUGGAACUCCUGGUAUGUGGACCUUUCAAAUCAAGAAACAAAAUUCUGCUGUAUUUAUUUACUACCG